UCUACUCUUUGGUACCAGUGACUUCAUUCAUGGACUUCAUAAAUUAAUUUUUGCUUUUGGUUGUUUACAAGAAAUACGUAAUAUACAAUAGCAGUGGUAUUUUAAUAAGUUACCAUUUAAAUACCGUUAUUUAGUAUUUAAAUUUCAUUGUAUAAUCUUUUACACCUCGUUAACGAUAUUGGUUUUCGAAGAUAACCUUAAUACUCAGGUGCGAAAAUGUUGUCUGAUGAAUCAAGCAGUGAUUCUGAGACUGGUAGAUUUAAAUGCAGAACAAAAUCACAAGACGAACAAUCAAAAAGCAAUAGAAAAGAAGACAGUUUUCGUUUGUCUACUAGAACUAGACCUAUUAGUGAUAGGUUCCAAAAAGAAUUAGAAAGACCUAGUAGAGAUGAUAGAGGUAGACAUGAUCGAUAUCCUAGAGACAGAAACAGGUUUUCUAGACAAUCACCACCAAGAAGGCGUACAAGAGAAAGAAGCUUUGGGUGUCGGUCACAUGAACGACAUAGACACAGUAGAGAUUUUAGAAGUGGAACAAAAUCUAGCAGGAGAAGCUCUAGUAGGGAUAGAAGAAGAGAUUCUAAACCUAGAUCUCAUAGAUCUCCAGACCGUAAAAGAGAUUUUAAACAAGAAAUAAAGCAAAACAUUUCUAGAGAAAAAAGUGAAGAGAAACCUUCAAAGACUAGAGAAAAAGUAUCUCAUUCUCCAGAUCCACGAGGAAAACGGUCUGAAGUUUAUAUACCACCACCAGCUAAAGUAAAGAAAAGUAAAAGCAAAAGUCCCAUUGUUGUAGAAGAGCAUAGUGAUACAUCAGACGAUGUUCAACCGGGCUCUUACUAUAGUAUGAUCCCUGCAGUAGUAAAAGAAAAAUCAGAGGAAUCCAGUGAAAUUGAUUCAUCUGAUGAUGAAAAACUUAGAGCUAAACUUUUAAAUUUAGAAAAAGAACUUCACAAAACCAAAAAGAGGAAACAUAAAAAGAAGCACAAGAAGAAGCAUUCGAGAUCUAAAGACAGAGAACAAGAUAACACCAACAUUGUAGAAGUCAGUAGCACUACAGAUAUACAAGACAAUAUGAAGAAUGAUGAACACAGUCACUCUGAUGCUGUAGAAGUUUCAUCUACUCAGAAGAGUACACAAAAGGAGAGUGGUGAAGAAGGUGAAAUAAUAAGUGAUGAUGACUCACAAAACCAAUAUGAGAUAGAUCCAAAUGAUUUGAGGCACAAAUUGAAACGUUCUGUGUUUAGGACUCAAGCUAAAACGGAUAUUUGUGGUCCUGCUUUACCACCACAUUUAGAAAAACGUCAUAGAGGGAGUACAUCACCUGUGAUUGAGGGACCUGCACUACCACCUCACUUGCAGAAGUCAAAACAUAUAGGGCCUUCCAUACCGGAUGAUAUGCGUAAAAUGUUAUCAGAGACUGACAGUAAAUACGAAAGCCCCGAUGAGGAGGAUGGUAUUGGUCCUCUGCCUGCUGGAUCUGAAGAGAAAUGGUCAGAAGCCCAUCAAAGACUAGAGGAGCGAGCUCUGGAUAUGAAAAUUAGAAAACUAGAUGGACAUACAUUACAGAAAUCUGAUAUAAAAACUCGUGAAGAAUGGAUGCUUAAACUUCCUGAGGGCAAGGCCAAAUAUUUAGGAUUGGAGGCACGAAGUUUUAGAGCUAAAGAAGGACCUGACAUGUCUGAUAGAUCAAGUUGGACAGAUACACCAGAAGACAAGGCACGUAAAUCGGCUGGCAUCCAAAAGGAGGAAGAUAUGGACGCAGCCCUCCGCAAGGACGCAAGAGCGAGACAGAUAGCAAACAGGGAUGACGAGCAAGAAGAUGCUAUCAGAAAACAUAAGAAGAAACACAAAAGAGAAGAAAGCUUAUUGGAAAUGCACGAAAAGAAAAUAAAAAAGAAGAAAAAGAAAGAAGAAAAAGAUGAAAGUAAAAGUGAGCGCCGUCCGUUCAGCCGCGACGUAGACCUUCAAGUGAAUCGCUUCGAUGAAGCGCAAAAGAAGUCUAUUAUCAAAAAAGCGCAGGGUCUAGACUCUAGAUUCUCACGGGGAGAAGCGAAAUAUCUUUGAUGGUAUUAUGUGAGUGUUUUCUGUCUUCAUAUAAAAUAAAUAUUAAGAUAAGAUUCUUUUGCAGUCCAGUAACAUAAAUAUGUGAUCAAAUGAAUAUAAUAUUUUAACAGAAAAAAAUGAACCUUCAAUAAAAUAUAACUUAAGAACUUUCUUUUGUGUUGGAUUUGUUUAACAUUGUACAAAAUAUAUCUGUAUUAUGAAUACUACUUACUAUUAGUUAUUCGUUAUUCUCAACCUUAUCUUGUAUGUGUGUAUAGUAUACUUACUAUUUUACAAUAACUAAAUGGUCAUUAUUUACUGUUACUUGAAAAGUAACAUCUAUAAUCAUCAUACAAAUAGUAUAAUUAAAUUUUUGUUUAGCACACAAUAUUUAGCAUUAGGGAUUUAAUUGGAUAUUCUAC